CACAUCAGCUGAUGGGGUUCCCUAAACGACUGGAUGUAGUUGGCUUUAGUAUAUGUAUAUAUACAUAUUGGUAACGUUAAUGUAAAUAUCAUAUACAAGAUAUAAUUUAUACGUAUUUUAAGGGUUCAAUGUCAUUUUAAUUGACUAAUUCACUUCUUUUUCGGUUUGAGUAUACGGAGUACAUCUCCCUCGGCUAACUGCUAACAGCUAACAGCUAACUAUAGAUAUCUAUGACUUUUAACUGCUAACAGCUAACUGUUAACAGCUAGCAUUCACUGUAGUGACUCUCUAUAUAUAACCAUGAACGUCACGGCGAAUUCAUUUACACUUGGGGAUAAAUUUCAUGAGAAGGUAGAAGAGUUAUUGGAGAAAAAACGCAGUAUUUCCCUGGAUCUCCUUCGGGAAUUAGAAGCUCUUAAAAAGCAAACCAUCAUCUCAUUCAAGACUGCCAGGAAACUGCAGAAACUUCUUCAGGAAAAUGGAUAUCCAGUGUACCUUCACGAGCUGCUUGAAGACAGCAUGCUUUAUCUUCCAAAGGUGGAACCGCCUCCAAGAAACCCUCAGUUAGUGGCACGUCUGGAGAAAAUCAAAGCAAAACUUGCAAAUGAAGAAUAUAGGAGAAUCACACGGAAUGUGAAUCCUCACGAAAGUAAUAAUGUUGGAACCCUAGCAGACUUUGGAAGAGAAGUUCGGUCUGUCAAAGCGGUCGUGGUUACUGUGUUCAAUUUCUUGGUAACGGUGGUUGCAGCCUUUGCUUGUGCCUAUAUUGGUAGUCAGUACAUCUUCACAGAAACAACAGCGAGGGUUAUAUCUGCAGUUAUUGCAGCAUCUGUAGUUGGUCUAGCAGAGCUUUAUGUACUAGUUCGCACUAUGGAGGGUGACUUGGGAGAGCCGUAACCGCAGCCAUCACUGGAAAAACAAUGUUGUCUAAAAAAAGCUUAGUAGAUUGUAUUUAAUUCUACAUGUGUAAAGGAAUGGAGGGAGCUCUAAUAAUCAUAUGACUUCAGAGAACAAGUGUGCAGCUGGAAACCUUUGUGUUUCACCUAAGAGUUCUAAUAUUGAUGUAAUGGAUGGGAAUUUAGUUGUAUAUAUGAUAAUGAUGAUGAUGAUGACAGAUCUAUAUCAGGAGUGUCCCAUCUUGUGUAGGUGCAUGUUUUUUUUCCCAAUCAAGCAGCAGCCACACCUGAUUCCACCUGUUUAAUCAGUUGAUGUGAAAUUUCAUUAGACUCAUCUGUGGCUCGUGGUUGAUGGGAAUAAACCCUGCAUGCACACUGACUCUGGAUAAAUCUAUACCCAGCAAAUCUUAUUAAUCUGACUCUCAGGAUUACUAUCAGGAGUUCAGUUUAUUUCCAAUAGAUGGUACAUCACACAUCAUACAGUUGUACACCAGUGCCAGUGGACUGCUAUAUUAUUCUGUAAAGCUGAAUAAAGGCUACUCUAGUAAGCAGUACUCGCCUAUUAUUUUGCAUUACAAGACAGAAGUCUUAGGUACAGCAUUCAUUUGGUCCUGUUUAACCAGAUAUAUAAUAACAAAUCAGGUUCAUCUUUACGUAGGUGGUUUUAUACCAAACUGUAAAUCCUACCUGAUACACUGAGCACUUGUUUUCAUGUAUACCAAGAUAUGUUUAAAUGUUGUAUGAUGUCUAAGUAAACUUAAAUCUCUUAAAAAGCCUUUUUGUACUUUUCAUUACAUUAAAUCUUUCACGGUGACAGAA